AUAUUCAUGUGUUCAAAUAAAUAAAUAAGAUUGCCUAUAUUUCUCUCUUCAUAUGAUGAAUAUUGAAGUUGAUUUUGUUGAGAAUUAAAUGAAUCUCUAAUUUUAUUAUUAUUUAUUUGAUGUUGCAAUAUAUGUUCACGUGAAUGGUCGAGUAUGUAGUGGCUGGUACUAUGCCAAGCCCACAUCGGUUGUUCUAGCUUCUGGAUAGACCAAUUUAUUCACUCUUCUCAAGCCACAUUUUGACCAUUUUGAUUAUUCACUUAUUAAUCCUGACUGUUUUUAUAUGAUCGUGUGUGUGUUAAUUGCUCAUCCUAUUCAUUAUGUGUCUGCAACUUAUUUUUGGUCUGACUAAGAAUAUUAAAUAACGUUUGGUCAAAAAUAACUAACUCACUCGCCUUCUCUUCAUCGCUUCGUUUCUUUAUUUGUCCGACUGUAUCAACGAAUGUAUGAAAUAUACCUAUCGGAAAUUCAUUCUCAUAUUUGGCUUAUUUUAUUCCGUUUAUUGUCUAAGUCGAUAAUUGUAAACGAAGGUUGCCGGCCUGUAUAUUUCGAUAACAAUGAUCACACAAUCUAAUAGGAAUCAGAAAUAGAGCCAUUCUUUUUGCCUAUCUCUAAUUUAUUUAUUACCUAUUUCUCUUAUUCCUUCAUGUUUCUUCCCUUUUGUGUUAUGAUUUAUAUGAAUUGAUAAUAUAUGUUAUAGCAAUUCUAUUCUGUUACAUAUUGAUUUGUUAAGGUUUUGUUUCGUUUUUUAAUAAAAAAAAAUUACAAUACAACCUUAGAUUUUACGUAUACUAUAUAUAAUUAAUCAUAGAUACUAUAUAUGCCUAUUGUGAAGAGGUGUUCUAGUGUGUGUGUGUGUGUUUAUCUAGUAGUGCUAGUUGUGUGUGUAUAUGUGUAUUUAGUUAGUUGAUUCACUUAUUCAUUCAUUAAUUUUUGUUGAUUUGGGAUUAGAUCGAAUUGAUUGCGUUAUUAUAUACACCUAGUCGUUUUGGUAAUUGAAAAUUUGGUUUGUGUAUGUAUGUGCAUAUAUGUUUGUAUGUAUGUAUGCGUGUAGUAACCUAAUAAAACCGCUUUGUUUUAUUGUAUUACUCUUGAAAUGAAUAACAACUUAUAAUUGAUCUUUCAUUUCUACUGAUUUAGUAGUUUUCUUCUUCAUAAUUUUAUUUGGGUUAUCGAGAACAGAAUUCAAUUAAUCAUAUCAUGGGGAAUUUAAUUGAACAUUCGGAUAGUUUAUUUCGUAUGAUUGCACCAAGCUGUGAAAAUGUAACAACUUUAAAUGAUAAUUUAUCAGACAAUAAUUGUGCACGAAUUCAUCAUAUCCCAUUUAAUGAUACAUCUGUUCAAGCUGUUCGAAGUAAAAAAUAUAUCACUUCUGACAGCUUAUCUAAUGUAAAGUCUCGCAAUAAUGAAGAUGAUGUUGAUACUGAUAAUCUUACUCAGUUGACAACAAAAGUUGAGACAAAUCACACGCUAACACAUAUUACAAAUACAUGCGAUGUUCCACAGAUUGGUAAUAAAGCUUCAACAACUCCAGCUGCAACAACGACAACUAAAGCAAAUAAGGCUGUGCCAGAACUGGCGAAGACCAACGAUAUUGUCGAUACUACUGAUAAUCACUUUAAACGCAAAUCAUCUUCAUGUGAUAUAAUUUCAACAUACUUAGAAAUAGCUAUUCGAUCAUGCAUACAAGAGCAUUUAUUUCAGGAACGAUUACCAGAUUUUAAAGUGUAUGAUACCAUAGAUACGGUGAAUAAUUUUAAUCAAAGUUCAAUUGGUAUAAAUCAAAUUUCAAAAUCAGAUUAUUCAGACGUCAAUGUACCUAAAACAAAUUCUGUCAGUCAAGCAAAUUUGAAAAAUUCUGAAACUAAUUAUCCGAAAUUACCGUCAACUACAGAUCGGCCUAAUGAACCGAACGAUCAAAUUCUCAAUAGAUUAGCUUAUUACUUACAUAACUUUAAAUCUCGUUUACGUGAAUAUGAAAAACAAUUUGAACAUGAUUAUGGACGGAAGCCAACUAAUGCAGAUAAAUAUUCUAAUCCAAAGAUCGCUGAAUUAUUACGUCAAUUGUCUGAAGUACAAGAAACGAUGAGACAAAUCAAAUUAUCAGGGAAAAUUUCAGAUGGUACUUUUUCUUCAAUCAUAGGUCAGAACGGAUAUUCUUCGGCAUAUAAUACAUAUGAUGAUUAUUCAAUUAAAACUCAAAAAAACAUAACUAAUUCUAUCAAUAAUAAUAAUAUUCACAAUGGAAGUAUAAAUGAGAAAAUAACGUCCUCUGCUUAUUCAGAAAAACAAUCUUUUCCUAAGAUGGAUAACGAAGUAAAUGAUUAUACUAGAGAACUUCGAUCAUCAAACAGUACGUUUUCUUCUAAACAUUCAAUCCUACCCAAUAAUAAAGUUGGAAAUGAAAACUUAUCCAGACAGUUCGAUUCUAAUAGACCAACUAUAGAAAGUACAUUUUUACUGCUUUCAAAGCGACUAACUGAAAAGCGUAUGAUUGCAAAUCGUCCUGAGGAUCUUCAUUUAAUGACUCCAAAACAGAUUGCAGCAGAAAAGCUCGCCUUACAAAAGGCCUUAUUAUAUUUUGAAAAUCUCCAUGGACGACCGAAAGAACAUCAAGAUCGUAUAACAAUGAGACCAUUAUAUGAUAGAUAUCGUAGUGUCAAACGUUUAUUGAAUUGUUUACAAUCUAAUAAUAAUUUGAACAUUGCUGAACACACAGAAGAAAAUAGUGAUACAGAACUUCAGUCAUCUGUGCCAUCGAUUGAUGAUCCAAUGAGACGGCGAUCAAUACUAUCACCAAAUAUAAUGCCGGUAAUCAAUGAUAGUAAUAUACAACUAAAAUCUGUUCAUUCUACUGGUACAGCUAGCAAUAGUAUUGCUUCAUUUAAAUCAAUUAAUCCUGUUCCUUAUUCCAGUUUGCAAUCUAUUAACAGAUUAUAUAAUCCAGUCUCAUCCAUAUCUGAUAACAACCUACCUGUUCCAUCUGUGAUGUCUUUACCCACUUCAGCAUCAUUUAAUAUGCCUAUAUAUUCUCCGAUUACUUCACCACAAUCUACUCUUAGUAAUAAUAAUCAUGUUAAUGAUAGAUUGGAUGUAACUCGAAAACAACCCACUGUUGUUACAUCAAUUCCAUCAACAAUCAGACAUAACUUUAAUCCUAACUCUACGGGGUUAUUCAAUCCAAAUGUAAGACCAGCGUAUGUUGAUGAGAAACAGAAUAAAAAUAAUUUCGCUUUUAACAAGCAGUCUUUCAAUUUGGAUUCAAAUGUUGAUCUGAAGUACAAUGAAUUAGAUUGUGAUGCAAAACGUACCAGUGAUAGAAAUAGUAAAGUACCAUGUGGUAAUAAUAAUGAAUGGUUUGGAACAAUUGGCUUGAGUAAAAGAAGUCAAGACAAUGCCAUUCAUAACUAUCAUGUAAAUACUUUUAAUUGUCAUUCUCAAUUCUUUAAUGAGACAAACCACCAUCCUCCUGUAGAAAAUGCGUUAUCUACAUCAACACAUAUGUCAACUAGAUUGUUUGAUUCAGUGACACGCUCAAAUAGACUUACAAGUGGAUUUUCCUCGCCUAUUCGUCAAGAAAAUUUCAUCGGUGCUAAAGCACCAUAUUUUUCACCUCCACCAUUAUCAUCUUCAUUUUCCAGUCCGAAAAUUAUGCAAGCCAAUAUUUCAAAUGAAGUUCCGUUAAGUACUAAUACUACUGCUCUUAUGAAAAAUCGUCGUCGUCUUCUAGACACCUCAGAAAAUGCUAUAAAUACUAUGUUACCUAAUGACAAAUACACGGACUCAUCACAAGCUAUUUCAUCAUCAGAUUUAUCAAGUUGGUCUACCGCUGACUUAAAGACAGCAUUGCGUACUUUGCGUGAAUCAAAACGUCAAUUACAAAAGACCUUGAAAGAUUUUGAACAUGAAUUUAUUCAAAAUACUGGUCAAAAGGUGGAGCGAGAAGAUCGAUUAUGUAUGCGUUCAGAAUACUGUGAAUACAAAGCAUUGAAAACACGUCUUUUCCAACUAGAAACUGAACUAAAAGGUCGAUGUGCUUAAAAUAAUGCAUAUUUAUUCUAUUGUGUUUUUUUUCUAACCACACUUAAAUGGCGAUUUCAUAGUAAUAAGAUGGUUGAACCUCCUAUCACAUUGAAAUAGAGGGUUUGAAAAUGUAACUUAUAUUUUAUUCGUUUUACAACAUAAAUGGAUGAAUUAUUUAAUGGGUUAAUUUAUAUUUCUAUAAACAUAUACUUUUAUUUCUACCAAUAAAUAAAUCUUUCAUUAUUGUACAUAAAUUCUUCUAAGAUAGUUGACGUAUAUUGAUUUGAGACUAUAAAGAUUUUUUUACAGUACGGAUAUUGGUUUCCAACAUUGUCAUCCCUUUUUUUCCAUUGUAUACACGUAAAUUAAUAACGCAAUUCAGUUAAUGUAAUUUUUAAAAAAAUAUUUUUAUUGGUAUGUAGAACGAAACUGUCAUAAAUGCAGGGUAACUGAAAGAUUUUAUAACAUUAUAGCUCAAAUAGUCCAAGUAAUUAUUUUAAAUAUAUUUAGAUAAUUUCUUUUUCUUUUAAACACCUUACAUUUCGUUUUAAUUGUUCUCUUGAACAUUAAAUUCUUUGGAUAAUCGUUUCAUACUACUUAAUAAAUUAUUUAGUAGUACGUUUUAACAUGUAUAAUUUUUAUACCAUCAUUUUGAUUGUAUCUAUUUCAAUAUUUAAAAAAAUGAAAGAAUUUUUCUCUUCAACUUUACGUUUUUUUUGCUUCAUUAUCAUUUCGGAUGAAUUUUCUUUUGUAUAUUUCAGUCUUUAUUCCGGAUACUUGUUGGUACUUUUCAUUGAUAUGACCAUAAGAAGUCUUCAUUCUUGUAAGGUAGAGCAUAUCACUUUGUAUAGUAUAAUACAUUGUAGUAUAUAACUUGAUAUUUCGUAUAUGCCACUGUCAUGGACAUUGUGCUUAUGUCUAUACGAAAAGUGUAAUUUAUUUUUAUGUAGAAAAAGAGAAUCAUUCGGAACUCAAUGGAUACUAUACUAUUCCAUAUAUGUGUUGAUGUAUGGGUUUUAUUUAACAAAUGUAUAGAAAUGCUAUAUAUAGCACUGUAUAUUACAAUUUAUUUCUAGAAGAAAUAUUAAAUAAAUAUUUAUUUACAAUUACAAUGUAUUUUGCAAUGUA